AUGAAACUUUUGAUCGUUCUCGCUGCUUUAGUUGUUGUUGCCUUCGCCUGUCAUAGUGAUCACGAAUGUGGACAUUUGACCAACUGCCAAUCACACCAAAGACCACAAUGUCAUGAUGGAAGAUGUAUUUGUAAUGGAAUUAAUAAUUUUUCAGAUCACCACAUAGGAAAGAGACAACCAGGAACAUGUACUGAUGACGAUUUCAGCAACUGCUCUUGUGAACAUGGUGGAACCCCAGCUUGCAAACAUGGUCACUGUCACUGCAACCACCACGUUUUCAGACAACCAGGAACAUGUACUGAUGAUGAUUUCAGCAACUGUACUUGUGAACAUGGUGGAACCCCAGCUUGCAAACACGGUCACUGCCACUGCAACCACCACUAA